AUGCGAACCUCCGCGCGCGCCCUUCUCCCGUCGCGUCCGCGCGCGCGCGCGAACGUCCAGUCGACGUCAUCGCGCUCGACCCCGCGGUCGCGCCCGAGGGCGAAGCGAUCGAGCGACGAGGAAGAGGACGAGACGCGCGAGCGAACGGAAUCGAACGACUUCUUCGACGCGACGGGACGAUUGGAAGACGUCGCGUUGAUCGUCGGUGACGUCUGCGCGCUGUGGACGCUGACGCUGUGUGAAACCGUGAGCGCGGUGAGCGCUAAACCCUCGUUUCCGGGAUGGUUGGCGCCAGUGGAGAUUAGCGCGCGGGACGGUGCCGCGUUCGCGGCUCGAGCGAUGUGGGCGCUUGGCUGUUGGGUGGUCGCGAGUGCGGUGAUCUCGAACGCGUACGAGGUGGAUGAUUUCGCGACGCCGAGCGCGAACAAGGCGUGUCGAGAAGUCGCGAAAGCCUGGAUGGCGUGGGCGCCGCUGCAAGCCAUCGAGCGCGUGAUCGCCAUCUCUGGCAACUUAGAGGAACCAAACGAGUCGAUCGGUGUGCUCGCGUCGACGCUGACGGCGUUAGGUGUCCUCGUCUCGUGGAGGUGCUACGCCAAGGUAUUCUCGUUACUGGAGCCGAGCGCCAACGCGUCGAAUCGUGAGCGGGACGAUGUCGAGUGGGGGGAGUUUUUUCGCGUCUUGGGUGGCGUUGCGGCGCUAAGCGUCGCCACGUCCGGCGCUGAGAUGGUUUACUACAGCGACCAGAUGAGCGAUUUAUUCUUGUCGUGA